AUGGCCCAAUGAAUAAUGGGAGGGUUAAUCUCGUGCAUGGGACAAAUGGGACUUUCGGACCCUCCCGUGGAGUCACCGUGCGUCGCCAGCUUAACAACCGAACCAACCACGUUUCACGCUCUUUUCGGUGGUAGAGAAAGAGAGGUGGAAGCGAGCAAGGGCUGAUAGAUAAGCCAGAGGACGACACCCAAACUGGUCGACCGUACAUUUCUUAGUAGUGGCGAGAAAAUGCAACGGCUGCCAUACGAAUGCGGCGGCUGUUGAAACACCGGUGCCUAGAGUCGUUGCAGUUUGGAUUCUUUUCAUUUUAGAUUUGUUCCUCUUUCUUGAAGGGUCGUGUAUUUUGUUUGUUUCCUGCGUUUCCAAGCGAUGGUGGCAACAUUUCGGGAGGUGUUUGCGGAAGCUGUCCCAGUGUUUGCGGAGCAGGUUGAGAAUGCAAGUCUGGAUGUAGCUGAUUGGAGUACCAGAGUUGGUGAUCAGAGCGCGGAGGGGGAGGAGGGGAGAUUCUGAAGGGGGUUUUUCUGUGUGUGACUCUUGAGCGGCCAUGUUAACCAAGAAGCCCUCCGCUGCCGUCUACUCAUCUGGCAAAGGGGGUGAGAUCUGCCAGCUAGAGUCUUCCCCCGGAAUCGGCGUCGGGGGUCUCCGGCCCGCAGUAGGGACCGACCCGACAUCUCCAGUCACAUUACCACCCCUCAGGAAUACCAACUCGCUAACACAGGUGGGAGGCAAUAAGCACACAAUGAAUGACCACCUGCACAUCGGGAACCACCAGCAGAUUCACGUUCAGCAGCUGUUCGAGGAGAACAGCAACAAACGGACGGUGCUGACCACGCAACCGAAUGGGUUGACACCAUCGAACCGGACCGGUCUCCCGGUGCCGGACCGGCCUCAGGAGAGCAGCCAGUGCCGGCAAGGCAGCUCCACCUCCAUCAAGUCCACAGAGAGCAAGCCCAAGGCCACCCCGUUGACACCCGACCAGUCCAUGAAGCAGUACAUGGCCAAGCUGUCGGCCUUCGAGCACCAGGAGAUCUUCAAUUACCCCGAGAUCUACUUUGUGGGCCCCAACGCCAAAAAACGACCGGGGGUUGUCGGCGGUUCCAACAACGGGGGCUAUGAUGACGAUCAGGGCUCGUACAUCCAUGUGCCCCACGACCACCUUUCAUAUCGCUACGAGGUGCUGAAGGUCAUCGGCAAGGGCAGCUUUGGACAGGUGGUGAAGGCCUACGACCACAAGACGCACACACACGUGGCACUGAAGAUGGUGCGCAACGAGAAGCGGUUCCACCGGCAGGCGGCGGAGGAGAUCCGUAUCCUCGAGCACCUACGCAAGCAGGACAAGGACUCCACCAUGAACGUCAUCCACAUGCUGGAGCACUUCACGUUCCGCAACCACAUCUGCAUGACCUUCGAGCUGCUCAGCAUGAACCUAUACGAGCUCAUCAAGAAGAAUAAGUUCCAGGGCUUCAGCCUGCCGUUGGUGCGCAAGUUCGCGCACUCAAUCCUGCAGUGCCUGGACUCGUUGCACAAGAACCGGAUCAUCCACUGCGACCUUAAGCCGGAGAAUAUCCUACUGAAGCAGCAGGGUCGCAGCGGGAUCAAGGUGAUCGACUUUGGCUCCAGCUGUUACGAGCACCAGCGGGUCUACACCUACAUCCAGUCUCGCUUCUACAGGGCCCCGGAGGUGAUCCUGGGGGCUCGGUACGGGAUGCCCAUCGACAUGUGGAGCCUGGGGUGCAUCUUGGCGGAGUUACUCACAGGGUACCCUCUUGCCGGGGAAGACGAAGGGGACCAACUGGCCUGCGUCAUCGAGCUUCUUGGCAUGCCCUCGCAGAAGCUUCUGGACUCAUCCAAGCGGGCCAAAAAUUUCGUCAGCUCCAAGGGGUAUCCCCGCUACUGCACGGUCACCACCCUGCCUGACAACACGGUGGUGCUGAACGGGGGGCGGUCGCGCCGGGGCAAGCUAAGGGGUCCCCCAGGGAGCAAAGACUGGGUGACGGCGCUCAAGGGCUGCGACGAUCCCCUCUUCUUGGACUUCCUCAAACAGUGCCUGGAGUGGGAACCCCCGCCCUGCGCAUUGACGCCAACGCAGGCCCUGCGUCACCCUUGGCUCAGGAGACGCUCCUGCCCAAACCUCCCACGGGGGAGGAAGACUCGGUAAAGCGGAUCACCGGGGGCA